AUGAAGGUAAUGUCUGUCCAGGUUUUGGUGUGUUUCCUGUUUGUUGGUCUGUCUGUGACAUUGGCAUUUCUUGUUGAAACCGUUAAUGACUAUGACAAUCCAAUGAAUUUUUCAUGCGUAGGAAACACUACUUUACGUCACCUGUCUAGUCAGCACAGCAACAGCCAUGAGGACAGAGUUUGGUCGAUGGGUUGCUAUCCAGCCGUGGCAAUGGUUUAUGACUGCCAAUGGACAGGUUACGUCAACGAUUUUGAUCAACCGUUUGACUACGAGUGUCCUGGAGAGGGGUUCAUAAAUGGUGUUCGUAGUAUCCAUGACAACGGGAGAUGUUAUAGACGUUGGGCAUUUCAGUGUUGUUACGUCAACGAUUUUGAUCAACCGUUUGACUACGAGUGUCCUGGAGAGGGGUUCAUAAAUGGUGUUCGUAGUAUCCAUGACAACGGGAGUGAGGAUAGACGUUGGGCAUUUCAGUGUUGUAAGAUGAAGGGCAAGUAUUAA